AAUUCUCUAUUUUAAAUGUCUAAAAGUAAAAGUUUUAAAAAUAUUACAGUACCUAAAUAAUUUAACUAAAUUAUAAGUUUUGUAUAAAACUUACUGUUGUGGUUUAUAUAAAUAAAAAAUGAAGUGAAUAUUAAUUUUUAACUGUGACGUGUGAUAACAUAGUUAUAUAUAAUUUUUUUGUCUAUCCAAACCAGGCAAAAAUGUCUGAAAAGAAAGCAAAAAACAAUGCAGAUUGGAAAAAACGAGUUAAAGCUGAGUAUUUUAGGUUACUACAAGCUAAAAAAACAAAAAAAGAUGAUGAUAAUGUAUUGGCUUGUAUCAACAAUAUGAAAAUUUUAAAUGAAAAAAAAUCUGAAGAGCUUAAACGAUUGCAAUCUAAAAAAGCUAUUUGGGAGUGUCGACCUUAUACUGAAACUGUAUCAAGAUCUAAACGUUCUGAAAUAGUUAAAAUUGAUGGAGUUGGUGAAGAUAAUAUGAGUGUACCAAUAAAAAUUGUCAAUGCUGUUGCACCCAUUCCAACAAUGUAUAUAUGGGCCCCCAUUCAAUCAAAUUUUAUGGUAGAAGAUGAAACUGUAUUACAUAAUAUUCCCUAUAUGGGUGAUGAAGUUCUAGACCAAGAUGGUUCUUUUAUUGAAGAACUUUUAAAAAAUUAUGACAAUAAAGUUCAUGAUGAUGAUGCAUCAAAUUUUUUAGAUGAUCAAGUAUUUGUUGAUUUAGUUCAUGCACUAUUACCAUUUCAGCAAGAAGACAAAGAAAAUAAAGAUCAAGUUUGUCAAUCACCAAAGUCUACCAAAAGUUGUAAAGAAGAACGACCAUUUCCAAGUAUGGCAAUUUUUGAAGCCAUGUCAGCGGCAUUUCCAGAUAAAGGUUCUCCUGAAGAUUUUAAAGAAAAAUACAUAGAAUUAACAUCAUGUACUGAUCCAAAUGCUCAACCAUCUCAGUGUACUCCUAAUAUAGAUGGACCAACUGCUGAAUCAGUGCCAAAAGAACAAACAAUACAUUCAUUUUUCAAUUUAUUUUGUCGGCGUUGUUAUAAAUAUGAUUGUUUUCUACAUAAACUGAAAGAGCAUGAUUCUGGAACAAAUUUACCUAUAGGCUUAAAAGGACCAUUGUUAAAACCUUUUACAAAUCAUUGCAGCCCUGAAUGUUACAUGUUACUUGAUGGAAUGAAAGAAAAAUUAGCAGCAAUUGCUGAAAUCAAAGCAUUAGCUGCAAUAGCUGAAAAUAAAGCAGAAAAACAAAAACAAGCAGAUAGAGAUGAUGAAAGUAUUAGAGAUGUUCAACAGUCAGGGUCUAUUUGUAAUACUUCCGAGUUAUCAAAUCAAAAUGAUACAUGUGAUAAACCUGCAAAUUCAAUUAAGCUAUCAAAAAAAGAUAGCUCUGAUUGGGGUAAUGAUGCUAGUUCUGAAGAUAGUAGAGACAGUAGCAAAGAUAUGGAAGAUCCAUUUUCUACUAAAACAUCAUUUUCCUUGUUACCACGAAUGAGGACAGAAGAUAAGCAAGUUUGGACAGGAUCAGACCAAUCUAUUUUUCGUGCUCUUCGAAGGACAUUUCUCAAUAAUUAUUGUGCCAUUGCUCAAAUGAUGUUAACAAAAACAUGUCAGCAAGUAUAUGAAUUUGCUCAAAAUGAAAAUGAUGAUGUAACUGUGGAAGAAGCAAUUAGUGAAUUAACACCGCCAAGAAAAAAGAAAAAGAAGUUGAGGUUAUGGCAAACUCAUUGUCGUAAAGUUCAGUUGAAGAGAGAUUCUGCUUCAAAUCACCUAUACAAUUAUACACCAUGUUCUCAUCCACCUAAUCAAGGUUGUGACUCUUCUUGUCCUUGUGUCAUGGCCCAAAACUUUUGUGAAAAAUUUUGUAAAUGUAGUUCAGACUGUCAAAAUAGAUUUCCUGGAUGUCGAUGUCGAGCUCAAUGUAACACCAAACAAUGUCCUUGCUAUUUGGCUGUUCGUGAAUGUGAUCCUGAUCUAUGUUUGACUUGUGGUGCAGAUCAGUUUAACAUAGAAAAUAUUACAUGCAAAAAUGUUAGCGUUCAAAGGGGUUUACGUAAACAUCUAUUGAUGGCACCUUCGGAUGUUGCUGGUUGGGGUAUUUUCUUGAAAGAUUCUGCACAAAAAAAUGAAUUUAUAUCAGAAUAUUGUGGAGAAAUAAUUACUCAAGAUGAAGCAGAUAGACGUGGAAAAGUGUAUGAUAAAUACAUGUGUAGUUUCUUAUUCAAUUUAAACCAUGAUUAUGUAGUGGAUGCUACUAGAAAAGGUAACAAAAUUCGUUUUGCAAAUCAUUCAAUUAAUCCUAAUUGUUAUGCUAAAGUAAUGAUGGUUAAUGGUGAUCAUAGAAUUGGCAUUUUUGCAAAACGUCCUAUUCAACCUGGUGAAGAACUUUUCUUUGACUAUAGAUACGGGCCAACUGAACAACUUAAAUUUGUUGGAAUUGAAAGAGAAAUGGAGUUUUUACCAUAAAAUCUUGAUUUAAUAUUUAAAAUCGUUGAUUUUUUAUAUUGGAGCUGUAAUUAUUUGUUAUAUUAAAUGAGUAUUACAUUUUGUUGUUGGUGUAAUCUUCCCUCAAAAAUUAUCAAUCAAAUUAUACUUAUUUGACAUUUUCAAACAUCUUUUAUAUAAAAUUGUUUUAAAUUUGAUGUUAGUUGUAUUACUUUUUUUAAUAUUAUUUUAGUCUUCUUAUUUAUAAUAAUUAAUAUGAACUAUAACAAUAGUUUAUUUAAUUAAUUCCAUAAAAUAUAUUAAAUUAUUUUUUAUUUUGUACUUUGGUUCAUGUAGCUUUAUUUUAUAUUAUUUAAGUAAAAUUAAUAGUUAUUUAAAUUUUUUAUCCAUGUUUUUAUUAUUGAUCGUGAAUAAUGCCUGUUAUUAUAUAUUAUCCCCGUUUACACUUUAUGAUUCACAACUU